AUGACGACUGUCCAUCUCAUGCCGGCGUCUCCUCCCCAUAACUUCCAUGUGGGUGGAGGCGCCAGCUGGGGAUGUGUCUUGCAGGGGCGGGGACGCCGUGGAAAUUACGUGCACACUUUCCAAGCUACAGAAGGAGAAGGAGACGUCGAGGUGUCCCCGCUGGAGCAGCUCCUCCUGAGAGACCAGUCGUGUUCUCCGCCCGCACGCGUCAAGUCGGAGCCCAGCGAGAGGGUUGGCGGCGCGCCGGGGGAGGGCGAGGCGGGGGGCAGCCAGGGUGUCAGUCACGGCCACCCGUACCUGGGCGUGCAGUCUUACCCCAGCCUGGCCGCCCUCUCCAGUAACCUGGGGGUGGUAGGCCUCUCCUCUUCCUCCUCCUCGGACCUGGCUUCCAUCUCAUCUCCGAACCCCGCGGGGCUCGUUAGCGUCAUAAUGGCCGCGACGCCGCCGCGACCCCAGCGGCGGGCCAGCAACCCUCUCAACUGCCCCGUCUGUGGCCGCGUGGUGCUCUUUCGCUCAGAGUUUGAGAAACACAUGCGCACGCACACCGGGGAGAAGCCGUUCCUGUGUCACCUGUGCUCGUACCGUUCAGCGCAGCGCUCCAAUCUCAACGUGCACCUUAAGUCCGUGCACAAGCUUUACCUGCCCUCCACCAGCGCCGCCGGGAGUCAACCGCCGCCCUGGAAUGGCAACCCGGACAGCAGGUUCAUAGGCUGA